AGUCAUACGUCAAUCCUUGAUUUUCUGUAUUCAACUUCUUCGGUGGCCAUGGCUUCUGUGAAGAGAGUGAAGAAGCUUCAAGCCAAUAAGAAUUAUGAGAAGGGUUGCUUUUUUGUUUGUAAUUUGGUAAUUGUUUAUGCUCUUACUGGGUUGGCUUGCAGUUUGUUCUGGCCUUAUCCCUUUUGGUUUUCUUCUGUAAGUUGUUGCAUGACGCAGGUUUUGUUCAUCCAUCUGCCGUAUAUUUGGUCUUCCUUUUCUAAUAAUCCCAAGUGGCUGUUCGUGGUUGUCAAUGUCAUCAUUGUCGUCCUUGUAGGAGAAUCAAAUUUUCUCGGUUCAAAAUCAUCAUCUUUAUCAGCUGUCGAUCAGUAUUACGAUAAGUAUGUUGAGCGAAGCAAAAGGCUUAGUGGUCUUGACUCAAAUUAUAAUACUGUUCAAGAGAAAAAAGAAGUUAAAAUGGACAAAAAGGAUCAGGAAGAAGAAGAAGAAGACGAAGAAGAAGUUGGAUUGCCUGCUCAGGAGCUAAACAAGAGAGUUGAAGAAUUCAUUGCUAGGGUUAACAAGCAAAGAUGGCUCGAAGAAAAAUCAAUAGUCUGUUGCCCGGCAUGAAAAUUCAACAUUUGAUCAUGAUAAUAACUAUGUCCUUGUUUCUUCUAUAAAUCGAAGAACAUCUUUGUGUUUAUAGACAACAAAAUAUUGUAAAUAACUUAAUCAUAAUUACUAGACUUCUAA